AUGGCGGCGGGUGACGGGUACUUCCUGGCGCACAAGCUGGCCCUGCCCCCGUGGGACGCGGGUUCGGAGCGUCUGCUGAGGUGCGAGGACGAGAUGGAGCGCCGCUACGAGAUCGUGCCCUCCGUCGUCUGCUCCAUGUGCUGCCUGUUCGGCAUCAUCUACUGCUUCUUCGGCUACCGCUGCUUCAAGGCGGUGAUGUUCCUGACGGGCCUGAUGUUCGGCUCGGUGAUCAUCUUCAUGCUGUGCUACAAAGAGCGCGUGCUGGACACGCAGCUGAGCGUGGAGGCGUCGGUGGGCAUCGGGCUGGGCAUCGGCACGCUGUGCGGCCUGGUCACCAUGCUGGUGCGCAGCGUCGGCCUCUUCAUGGUGGGCCUGCUGCUCGGCCUGCUGGUGGCGCUCGCGUCAUUGGUGGUUCUGGAGGAGUUCUACCAGCCGCGCACCAUGUGGCUGCCCCUGGGCGUGCUGCUGGGCUCGGGGAUGCUGUUCGCGGUGCUCACGCUCCAGUGGCAGCGCUGCUUCGUCACGCUGUCCACCGCCACCUUCGGCGCCGCCGUCAUCACCGUCACCGUCGACUACUUCGUGGAGAUGCUGGCGCUGGUGCGCCACGUGUACGAGCGGGUGAAGCUGGCGCCGCGCCACGUCUGCUGGUUCACCUGGGUCAUCAUGGGCAUCUGGCCCACGCUGGCGCUGCUGGGCGUGCUGAUCCAGUGGAAGGUCACCGCCGAGGGAUACUCCCACACCGAAGUGUUCAUUAGCCACCAGCAGCGGCGUGUGCAGCUGAUGAAGAUCCGCCAGAGGGAGGAGAGGAAGGAGUGCAACAAGAAGAAGAAGAAGAAGAAACAGCCGCCGCCAUCGCAACAGCAGCAGCAGCAGCCCAAACACCAGCCUCAGAGCCACCACAGCAGCCAGAACCACCAUCAGCAGAAGCCCUCGUCCCAGCAGAGCCACCACCACCAGCACCAGAACCAGCAGCAGCAGCAGCAGCAUCCGUAUCCACAGCAACCGCAUCCCAGUCAGCAUCCCAAGCAGAAGAGGUCCCAGCAUCAGCACCACAGCCAGGGUCAGAGCCAGAGUCACCCGCGCCAGAGUCAGCAUCAGCACCAGCAGCAGCAUCCGCAGCAGCAUCCCCAUCCCCAGCAACCGCAGCAUCAGUACCAGCCCCAUCACAGCCACAGCCAGCCCCACACCUCACGCUCACAGAAGUCCACCCCCCACCCCGACCCCACCUACAGACGCAAGCCCAACCCCAUACGCCGCUUUGAUGGAGAUGUGCUCUCGCCGAGCUACAUCCAGAGUUUCCGGGACAGGCAGGGGGACCGGCGGGGCUACUCCCAUGGCCGUAUGGUCGGGGGGUCCCACCACAUCGUGGAUCUGGACUAUGACUACGGCUCCCAGGUCCCCCUGACCUCAGCCGCCGCCGUGGCCGACGGACCCACCGUACGAGUGUGACCCGCUCCACCCCUAAACAACAUUUUUUUUCUGCAAUCCCUAAAAAGUGACCUAACUGCCCGCUCCCCUUCUCCCAAACGUUCCCCAAACGUACCCCUCUGCUAUCAUACCCAACCUGAAGUUUGUGAACUCAAAACUCAAAAGUGUAGACCUGCUCCUGUUUGGGGCACUGGAGGCGGCCAUGUUUGAGACGGUGAAGCCACACGGUAGGAUGGAGGAUCCUUCACCUAGACAAAAUGGCCGACUGCAUCGGCCUAAAGUAUGCACGGUGACGAACAAGCUGGCUGAAACCACUGAGAGAAAAAAAAAGAUCUGCACAUCAAGCAACAUGACAGUGGUUGGAGAGAAAUCAAACAAGAUGGCUGACGUCCAUGAGCUCAAAUCGAACAAGCUAAAAUGGCUAACAACAACAAACUUACACUGAACAGUAUCAAACAUGAUUGCUAACAGUGGCGAUUAACUACUUACACAUAUUACCGACUCAAAAAGUUGCUGAUAACCGUGAAAUAAGACAAUAUACUGUAUAUCUCAGACAAACAACAGUUUAGUCACUUAGCCAAGGUGGCUACAAGUAUGCUGUAUGAUGUAGCCAAUGUUAUAUUGUAUGCUGUAUAGUAUGUUGGCUAAGGACAACUGAAGGUUUCAGGGAGUAAUGUUUACAACAAAUGCCUGCAAAGCACAUGCAGCAGACCGUUUACACACACAAUCAAAUCAAACCACGCCAACACAAACACCAAGACAGCUAGCUUUUUAAUCUCACUGCUUUUAGUAGCCUGUAUACCAUUCCGCUUUUUUUACGUCAGCUCUGAUUUGCCAUGUAAAAUCAGUUUUUUAAUCUAUGUUCCCUCUCCGUCUCUGAUACCCUGUAAAAAAAAAAAAAAAAACCCUUACUCUGGAAUGGUAAUUGUGCCUAGCCCGAGGAGUCUAGUAAUUACCACACACGUUUUUCUUAAUCUUGGGCUCGUGCUGUUUGACUAAGGAGCGCGGAGCAUUCGUGCCCUUCUCUCCUCUGAAAUCUGGUCCAUCAUUAGCCCCUGGCCACCUCGGCCUCGCUACACAGGGCCCCGCACGGCGCACGCCCUCAUUACGGCAGCGUCCAGCGCUCGAUGUAGGCCAUUUCAGCCAAGAAGCUCACACAAGCAUAGUGAUUAGCACAGCGAUUGAGACGCGGAGUGGGUUUGACAGACAAAGCCGGACUGAUGCCGGAUCGAUACGACACCAACAAAAGACCAACUCUGGAUCCUCACCGGAUCAAUACCAGAGACAAUGCCCAGCUCAGAGCCCGGGAAGAAAGACCAUUACACCGACGUGUGACCAACAGAUGACCUUUACUGGGCUACACAGGACUAAAAUGAUACCGCAUGAGACUAUCACAAGACUCAACAUUUGACAUUUGGACUGGACUUAUUUAUAGAGGACCAACACUAAAAUCCUAGCCUACAGAAAAACAACAAAGGGACCAAUUUAGUAGCAGCUCAAGAUAAGAAAUAAGUAAAAAAAAAAGACCAACACAAAAAGCAGUAAUUUAAUGGACACUGAUCAAUGACCAUUCCACAAUGCCAUGCACCGUAUGUUUAUACCUAUGAGGACACCUAGGGGCCAGCCAUGGUUCAGAUUGUAGCUAACGACAGGACCAGAACUGGGCCAUGUUAGGGCCGUAUCUCAGCCACAUGUGGGCCAGCUCUGGGUCCAGAUCUCCUCCGAGGUCCUUUGAGGACGCUGCCGGAAGGGCAGGGUGGCGUGGCGACCCAUAUGCCUCGUCCGGGAUUACGGCCGAAGCCCUGGCGUGCGUCCAGCGAUGUCCCUCCUCUCUGCGGAGUCGUCUUUGUGUGUGUGUGUGUGUGUGUGCGCCUCAAGUUCACGCGCUGUUCAAGCGGACUGAGCAGACCCUCGCUGUCUUGCACGUCGCCGAGGGUGUUUGUGUGAGCCGCACUCAGUGUGAACUGACUGUGAAUUGACCUCAGCCAACGGAGUUCUACUUCCUGGGAUUUCUUUUCUUUCUUUUUUUUUUCUUUCCAAAGAAAAGCAUUUCUGCCUUUGAAGUUUCCGGUGACGUUCAGCGUGUGUGGACUAAUUAAACUUGACUCUCUCCUCUCCCUGAACAAAAUGCAGCUGGACAAAUAUGUUUGUGUUCUGCCAUUUUGCUCUCUAAUUUAGAGAGAAAUUACUGUUUCUGGCAGUUUGCCGUUAAGACAGAAGUUUCCCCGGAGAUAAUUCCUGACCAGAGAUUCCCCCCAUUCAGCAUCUCCAUGGAGAUGGUUUAGGAUGCUGUGGAAUCUUUAGAGCUGCCAUUCCCAUGUGGCACAGAGUGGGGCCAAGCUCCCAACCACACCCCCAACAAAAGACUGACCAGAGAAGGCUCAGAGAGGAGUACAGUACAUGCUGUGUGUGUGUGUGUGUGUGUGUGUGUGUGUGUGUGUGUGUGUGUG